AGUGGAUGACCGCAGGCAGAGGAAUAAUUCACUCUGAAAUGCCAGCAGAAGCAAGCAACAAGGGAUUGCAGCUUUGGAUCAAUUUAUCAUCCAAUGACAAAAUGAUUGAACCUAAUUAUCAAGAACUUCCGAGUGAGAACAUACCGGGAGCAGAAAAAGAUGGGGUUGAAGUGAGAGUAAUAGCAGGAGAAGCAAUGGGAGUUCUUUCUCAUGUGUACACAAGAACUCCAUCCAUGUUCCUUGAUUUCUCAAUGAUGCCAGGAGCUGUGUUGCAUCAAAGUAUUCAAGAGUCAUGGAAUUCCUUUGUUUAUGUAAUUGAAGGGGAAGGAGUAUUUGGGUCUCCAAGUUCGUCACCAAAUAUAGCACACCAUGUCCUGGUUUUGAGUCAAGGUGAUGGCCUCAGUGUGUGGAAUAACUAACAGUGUAAACAAAGACAGCAACUUAAGGUAGCAUGCCAUUUGCAUGUGUCACCAUGUCAACCGAUUAAUCCCAUUACCAAGCAUGCAUCAAAAAACCCAAAUCCCUAAUACCCCAUCAUAAUUGAGCACUUCACAUGAAGAGCCAACCCCACAACUAACUCAUCAAAAUCCUCAACUGCAGUUCAUCCCCCCUUACCCCAUUUUCUAUUUCACAUAAUUUUUUUUUAGCAUUAACACUUUCCUCAAAAAGAAGCAUGCGGCGACAAAUUGCACCGAAACCAAACCCCUCACCAAUAUUUCUAUUAUCUCUGAUUUCCUAACUUUAACACUGCUCAACUCUGUUUUGCUCCAAAUGACUCUGUUUUCGCCAUUAGGCUUCUCUUCCAACCACCAUCCAAACAAUGCUUCAACACUAAGAAAAACAAUAAUUUCACAUACCCUUUUGAACAAAACUCACUUUCCCAACAACCCUAUUGAAUCACAUGCUCUAAUCACCACCCACCAUACCAUAUUCUCCAUUUUCCUUCACCAUCUUACUCUCUGUUUCUCACCCCUGAAUACGUAGAUGACUAAUAAUGCAAAUGCUGCUUCAUUUGAGGCAUUUCUCCAAGGUUGGAUGUUGCGCCAAAGAGACUACCUUAACGAGCUUAUCUCAACUCAGCAACAAAAUCACGAGAUUCAAGAUGAUGCUGAUAGGAGACAAUUAAUAAACAGGGUCCUCAGUGAUAUCCUCAGAGUGCUAAAAUAGGUUAACCAUUUCCUUCGUUGCUUUAUAACAUGUUUACCUUCUUUAUACACACAGGGCAUUGUGGCAAACAUCAAGGGAGACAAGUACAAAUAACUAUAGACAAAAACCUUUUGUGAUAUAAGCUAACGUGAAAGGAACUCAAUAAUCUAAAUUCAA